AGCGAAGGUGUACUACGACGGCUGCCCCGGCUGCGCCAUGGACAGCAAGAAGGAGAGCCGCAAGGGCGUUCCCUACAAGGAGCUGCUCUUCGUUGCCAUCACCACCUUCGCCUCGGCUCUGCCAAUAACAUCCUUGUUCCCAUUUUUGUACUUCAUGGUAAUAAAACUGCUAAUUAUUUCUAAAACACAGAUAAGAGACCUGCAUGUUGCUCAAAGAGACGAAGACAUUGGAUUCUACGCUGGCUUUCUCGGUGCAUCGUAUAUGAUCGGCAGAGGUAUUGCGUCAGUCUUCUGGGGUAUCAUAGCUGAUCGUAUUGGACGAAAGCCUGUAAUUGCAUUUUCGGUAUUUUCAGUCAUUGUUUUCAACACUUUGUUUGGGCUGAGUGUGAAAUAUUGGAUGGCUAUUGCUACAAGGUUUCUUCUUGGUGCCCUGAAUGGAUUCCUUGCACCAGUAAAGGUCAGCACAGCAUGGGGAAUGGGUGUUAUAAUUGGGCCAGCAAUUGGGGGCUACCUAGCACAGCCUGUCAAACAAUAUCCACAUCUGUUUCAUGAGAAGUCAGUGUUUGGAAGGUUCCCAUAUUUAUUACCAUGUCUAUUUAUCUCAUUUUUUGCUACCUUGGUUUUCAUAAGCUGUGCAUGGCUCCCAGAGACCCUACAUAAGCACAAAGACCUUGAUAGAACAGUUGAAAUGGUAGAAGGUUCUACAGUUCAAGAAAGCACAGAACCACCUAAGAAGAGUUUACUUAAAAACUGGCCUUUGAUGUCCUCCAUUAUCACUUACUGUGUCUUCUCGCUUCAUGACACGGCAUAUGUUGAGAUAUUUUCUCUAUGGACUGUAAGUAACAGAAAAUACGGCGGCCUUAGCUUUUCAUCUAAAGAUGUGGGCCAAGUUCUUACAGUCGCAGGCGCCAGUCUUCUAGUAUAUCAACUCUUUGCUUAUCGUUGGGUGGAUAAAACUUUUGGACCUAUCCAGUCAACCCGAAUUUCGUCGGCACUGUCUAUACCAAUAAUUGCUGCUUAUCCCUUCAUGACACACCUAUCAGGAAUAAGACUUGGUGUGCCGCUCUACAUUGCAGCAAUGCUGAAAAGUGUCUUUGCAAUAACUAGAGUUACUGGCACUUCUCUGCUGCAAAACAAUGCUGUGCCACAAGAACAAAGGGGCGCUGCAAAUGGAGUAGCUACAACAGCAAUGUCUUUGUCGAAGGCUUUUGCUCCAGCUGGAGCAGGCAUUAUAUUCUCAUGGGCACAGAAGCGCCAACAUGCCGCAUUCUUUCCAGGAGACCAGAUGGUGUUUCUGCUACUGAAUUUGACAGAGCUCAUCGGGCUCAUGCUGACCUUCAAGCCUUUCCUGGCAGUUCCCCAACAGUACAAAUUAACAAUGGAGGGUCUUCCGAAGGAGAUGCUUGCUACCUUGGUCGGCUGCAACUACGCCGGCACGCCCCACGAGCUGCGAGGCUGCAUCAACGACGUCCUCGCCAUGCGCGACACCCUCGUCGCCCGCUUCGGCUUCGCGCCCGGCGACAUCGCCGUGCUCACCGACGACGACCGCAGCGCCGCCGUGCUCCCCACCGGCGCCAACAUUAAGCGCGCGCUCGCCGACAUGGUGGCCCGCGCCGCGCCCGGGGACGUGCUCUUCUUCCACUACAGCGGCCACGGCACGCUCGUCCCGCACCGCCACGGCCACGACGCGCGCCAGCUGGACGAGGCCAUCGUCCCCUGCGACUUCAACCUCACCACGGACGUGGACUUCCGGCAGCUGGUGGACCUGGUGCCGCAGGGCGCGACCUUCACCAUGGUCUCCGACUCGUGCCACAGCGGCGGCCUCAUCGACCAGGAGAAGGAGCAGAUCGGCCCCGCCGCCGUCACCGACCUCGCCGACGGUGCCACUGCCACCACGCGCGCCGUCCGCGGCCGCUUCCUCCCGUACGCCACCGUCGUCGGCCACCUCUCCGGCGCCUCGGGCGUCGACGCGUCCCACCACGUCGCCGACCACCUCCUCGCGCUCUUCGGCGCCGACGCCAGCGCCAAGUUCCGCCACCACGACACGCCGACGCCGAGCCCCGACGGCGGCAUCCUCCUGAGCGGGUGCCAGACGGACGAGACGUCCGCGGACGUGGCGGCGGACGACGAGGCGGCCGACGGUGGCAAGGCGUGCGGCGCGGUGCAGGCCGUGCUGGCGGCGCACCCGGCGCCGCUGAGCAACCGGGAGGUGGUGAGCCGGGCCAGGGAGCUGCUCCGGGAGCAGGGGUUCGAGCAGCACCCCUGCCUCUACUGCAGCGACGCCAAUGUCGACGCGCCGUUCCUCUGCCAGCAGGAGGAGCCCGCCGCCAUUCCCGCCCUGUGAUUCUCUAUGAUUUGUGUCAGCGUGGUCUUCAACCUUCAUUACCUUUGUGACAUGAUGAUGACAUGCCAAAUGCCAUUGUUACUGAUUUUCUGCUUAUACGUUUUCUUGCUAAAGAGUAAAAGUACCGCUUCUAUUGACAAUGUAUUCCACAUAAUUACUCCCAUAUCUAUUAGCCAUCAACCUGA